GAGAGAGAGAGAGAGAGAGAGUCCCCAUGCACCGUUCUUAUAAACCAAUCAUCUUACUUCAACAAAAAACCAAACGAUUGUCUUAAAUUCUCCUUUCGUUUCCAACACUAGUCUCUUCUCACUACCACAAGAAGCUUCAUUCAUCUAUCUACUUACUACUAGCCACCACCAUUAGAACUCGAAGAAGCUUCUUCUUCAUUCACCACAAUCACAGAUCUCUUGUUUCCUAAAGAACAAAAAAUGCAGCAAAAGUCUCUGUUUCUUGCUCUGUUUCGUACUCUGUUUCAUCUACUCUGCUUCUUAGUCCGGUCUGGUUCAUCUCAAAGCGACGAUCUUGGAACGCUCCUCGAACUCAAGAACGCUUUUGUCACAAACCCAAAAGACGAAACUAUUCUCAAAACUUGGAAUUCGGAUGAUCCCAAUUUCUGCAACUGGACCGGCGUCACAUGCGGUGGUCGUGUAAUAACCGGUUUAAAUCUCUCAAGUUUAGGUUUAACCGGAUCAAUUUCUCCAUCGAUUGGCCGGUUUACUAACCUAACCCACAUCGAUCUGUCAUCGAACCGUCUCGUUGGUCCUAUCCCAACGACUCUCUCCAACCUCUCCGCUUCGUUGGAAUCGUUACAUCUCUUCUCUAACCAACUCAGCGGCGUGAUACCGAGUCAACUCGGCUCGCUCGUGAAUCUCAAGUCGUUGAAACUCGGAGACAACGAGCUCCACGGAUCGAUCCCGGAGACGUUUGGGAACCUCGUGAAUCUCCAGCUGCUUGCUCUAGCUUCGUGUAGACUCACCGGUUCGAUACCGAGUCAGCUAGGUAGACUCGUUCAGCUCCAACUCUUGAUUUUGCAAGAUAACGAGCUCGAAGGACCUAUUCCGGCGGAGAUAGGUAACUGCACCAGCCUCGUAUUGUUUACAGCUGCGGAGAAUCGUCUCAACGGGUCGUUACCGGCGGAGCUGAGUCGACUCGUGAACCUCCAUACGUUAAAUCUGGCGAAUAACAGAGUCUCCGGUGAGUUACCGAGUCAACUCGGUGAUUUGGUUAAUCUCCAGUACCUUAAUCUGAUUGGUAACAAGCUCCAAGGUUCGAUUCCGAAGAGAUUAACGGAGUUGGUUAAUCUUCAAACGCUUGAUCUGUCUUGGAAUAGUCUCACCGGAGAGAUACACGAAGGGUUUUGGAACAUGAGUCAGCUUGAGUUCUUGAUUUUAUCAAAGAAUCGUCUCUCUGGUUCUUUACCAAAGACUAUAUGUUCUAACAACACAAGCUUGAAGUAUCUGUCUCUGUCUGAAACUCAGCUUUCCGGCGAGAUUCCGGCGGAAAUCAGCAAAUGUCAGUUGUUAAGAGAGCUUGACUUGUCGAACAAUACGAUCACAGGUCGAAUCCCGGAUUCGUUGUUUCAGCUCGUCGAACUCAGGAAUCUUUACCUUAACAACAAUACCUUGGAAGGUACGUUAUCUCCAUCAAUAUCUAACCUGACGAAUCUACAAGAGUUUACUCUGUAUCGCAAUAACUUGGAAGGCAAGGUACCGAAGGAAAUCGGAUUUCUCGGCGAAUUGGAGUUUCUGUAUCUAUACGAGAAUCGGUUUUCGGGUGAAAUACCGAUGGAGAUUGGGAAUUGCACGAAGCUGAAGGCGAUGGAUUGGUUUGGUAAUCGUUUGAGUGGAGAGAUACCUUCUUCAAUAGGAAGGUUAAAAGAGCUUACUCUGCUUCACUUGAGAGAGAACCAGCUUGUAGGUAACAUGCCAGCUACUUUAGGUAACUGUCAUCAGCUCACCAUUUUGGAUUUAGCGGAUAACCGGCUCUCGGGUUCGAUUCCUGCCUCGUUCGGGUUCUUAACGGCUUUGAAACAGUUUAUGAUUUACAACAAUUCUCUUCAAGGAAAUUUUCCAAGUUCACUUAUCAACCUCAAGAAUCUCACAAGAAUCAAUUUUUCCAGCAACAAGUUCAAUGGUACAAUCAGCCCGUUGUGCGGUUCGACCUCUUAUCUUUCGUUUGAUGUCACGGAUAACGGAUUCGAGGGAGACAUACCACUUCAGCUAGGGAAGUCUCCGAAUCUUAAUCGUUUAAGGUUAGGGAAGAACCAAUUUACAGGAAGAAUCCCUUGGACGUUUGGGAAGAUCCGGGAGCUGUCUUUAUUGGAUAUCUCAAGCAAUUCUCUAACGGGAAUCAUACCGGAAGAGCUCGGUUUGUGCAAGAACCUGACACACAUUGAUCUCAACAACAACUUUCUUUCAGGGGUUAUACCUCCAUGGCUUGGAAAGCUUCCAUUAUUAGGAGAGCUCAAGCUUUCUUCUAAUCAGUUCAUUGGACCUCUCCCUAUUGAGCUGUUCAAUUUAACACAGCUUCUUGUGUUAUCCCUUGAUGACAAUUCACUCAACGGCUCGAUUCCGCAAGAGAUUGGAAACUUGGAGGCUCUCAAUGCACUUAACCUCGAAAAGAAUCAGAUUUCAGGACCUCUUCCUUCAUCAAUAGGCAAGCUGAGCAAGCUUUACGAGCUUCGGUUAUCAAGAAACGCCUUAACCAGAGACAUCCCAGUUGAGGUUGGACAGCUACAAGAUCUUCAAAGUGCUUUAGAUCUCAGCUACAACAACUUUACCGGACAUAUCCCGGCUACAGUUUCGACGUUACAUAAGCUUGAAUCCCUUGAUCUGUCUCACAAUCAGCUUGUAGGAGAAGUACCUGGCCAAAUAGGAGAAAUGAAAAGCUUAGGAUAUCUCAACCUCUCUUACAACAACCUCGAGGGGAAGUUAAAGAAACAGUUCUCUAGAUGGCAAGCUGAUGCAUUUGUAGGCAAUGCAGGUCUUUGUGGAAGCCCUCUUAGUCACUGCAACAGAACAAGCAAGAAUCAACGAAGUCUUAGUCCGAAAACCGUGGUUAUAAUCUCUGCGGUUUCAUCAUUAGUUGCAAUCGCUUUGAUGGUGCUUGUAAUCUUCCUUUUCUUCAAGCAAAGUCAUGAUCUUUUCAAGAAAGGGCGAGGCGGUAGCAGCGCAUUCUCAUCAGACUCUUCCUCUUCACAAGCUCCUCUGUUCAGAAAUGGAGGUGCAAAGUCAGAUAUAAAGUGGGAAGACAUUAUGGAAGCUACACAUUACCUUAACGACGAGUUCAUGAUUGGAUCAGGAGGGUCAGGAAAAGUUUACAAAGCAGAGUUGAAGAAAGGAGAGACGAUUGCGGUGAAGAAGGUUCUAUGGAAAGAUGAUUUAAUGUCAAAUAAAAGCUUUAACAGAGAAGUUAAGACUCUUGGAAGAAUCAGACACAGGCAUUUGGUAAAGCUAAUGGGUUACUGCAGCAGCAAAGCAGAAGGGUUGAAUCUGUUGAUUUACGAGUAUAUGGAGAACGGAAGCGUUUGGGAUUGGAUUCACGCGAACGAGAAGACGAAGAAGAAGGAGGUUCUUGAUUGGGAAACAAGAUUGAAGAUAGCAGUAGGGUUGGCUCAAGGAGUAGAGUAUCUUCAUCAUGAUUGUGUUCCUUCGAUUGUUCAUCGCGAUAUUAAAUCCAGUAACGUGCUUCUUGAUUCCAACAUGGAAGCACAUCUAGGAGAUUUCGGACUCGCCAAGAUCUUGAGUGAGAAUUGUGACACCAACACAGAAUCAAACACUUUGUUUGCAGGCUCUUACGGCUACAUCGCGCCAGAGUAUGCUUACUCAUUGAAAGCGAAUGAGAAGACCGAUGUUUACAGUAUGGGGAUAGUGUUGAUGGAGAUUGUGACUGGUAAAAUGCCAACAGAAAAAAUGUUUGAUGAAGAGACAGAUAUGGUUAGAUGGGUAAAGACUGUUCUUGAUACACCGCUAGGUUCUGCAGCGAGAGAGAAGCUGAUUGAUUCAGAGCUUAAACCGCUUUUACCCCGCGAAGAAGAAGCAGCAUAUCAAGUUCUUGAAAUAGCAAUUCAGUGCACAAAGACUUAUCCACAAGAGAGACCAUCUUCAAGACAAGCUAGUGACUACCUUCUUAAUAUCUUCAACAAUAGAGCAGCCAGUUACAGCGAGAUGAGACCUCGUACCGAUAAAUGAUUUUCGAGAAGUGAAGCUUUAGUAAACUCGAAAUAUAUUUCUUCUGUUUUGCUAGAGUUAGAUUGCUUUCUUAUGACUCUUCAAGUUUCUAGUCUUGCCAAAGAUAAGUAUUCGAACAUAACAAUGUACUCAUCUUCUUUGGUACUUAGAUAGUGUAAUAUUUAUUAACAUAGAAGAUCUCAUUGUCAAAAUACA